AUGUCUUCGGCAUCCAACGACAACAUGACCAAGAACAUUGCUACUCCUCCCAACGGCUCGAAUGCCAGGCCCAAGCUCCAAGCUACGCCGGCCAACGAGCGCGCCGAGGCUUGGCUCGAGGCGUUCGAUGCCGCCCUCCGCAACAGGGAUAUUGCUGGCGCAGCGUCCCUCUUCGCGACCGACUCGUACUGGCGCGACCUCGUCUCGUUUACAUGGAACCUCGCGACCGUCGAGGGUCCAGCGGGCGUCACCGACAUGCUGGAGAACAACCUCGAGCGCACCGCUCCGUCGGGUUGGUAUCUCACCGAAGAUGCUAACGAGGCGGACGGCGUGACUACCGCGUGGUUCAACUUUGAGACAGCGACAGGACGCGGGUGGGGUCUGGUCCGCCUUCGCGACGAGGGCGGCAACACCAAGGCUUGGACGCUUAUUACCGCCCUCACUGAGAUCAAGGAUCACGAGGAGCCGCGUGGAUUCCGCCGUGCAAAGGGCGCAGAGCACGGGAUCGUCAAGGACCGUGUGACGUGGAAGGAGAAGCGCGAGGCCGAGCAGAAGAACCUCGGCGUAACGGACCAGCCUUACGUCCUCGUCCUCGGUGGUGGCCAGGGUGGUAUCGCUCUCGGUGCGCGCCUCCGCCAGCUUGGUGUGCCCUCCCUCGUCAUCGACAAGGCUAAGCGCCCCGGUGACCAGUGGCGUGGACGUUACAAGUCGCUGUGCCUCCACGACCCCGUGUGGUACGACCACCUGCCCUACCUCAAGUUCCCGGACAACUGGCCCGUCUUCACGCCAAAGGACAAGAUUGCCGACUGGCUCGAGAUGUACACGUCCAUCAUGGAGGUGCCGUACUGGACCUCGACCGAGGCCAAGAAGGCAACUUACGACAAGAACAAGGAGGAGUGGGAGGUUGAGAUCGUCCGCGACGGCAAGCCCCUCACCCUCAGGCCCAAGCACCUCGUCCUCGCGACCGGCAUGUCGGGCAAGAUGAACUACCCCAAGUUCCCUGGCCAGGAGGUCUUCAAGGGCGAGCAGCAGCACUCGUCCCAGCACCCUGGUCCAGAUGCGUACAAGGGCAAGAACGUUGUUGUUGUCGGGUCAAACAACUCAGCGUUUGACAUCUGCGGUGCGCUGUACGAGGGCGACGUCGGCUCGGUCACCAUGAUCCAGCGCUCGUCAACCCACAUUGUCAAGUCGGAGACGCUUAUGGACAUUGCGCUCCGUCCUCUCUACUCUGAGGAGGCAGUUGCGAACGGCGUGACGACCGAGAAGGCCGACCUCAUCUUCGCCUCGAUGCCCUACCGGAUCAUGCACGAGUUCCAGAUCCCGACCUACACCAAGAUUGCCGAGGUCGACGCUGUAUACUACAAGAAGCUCGCGGACGCCGGCUUUGACCUCGACUUUGGCGAGGACGGCUCGGGUCUCUUUAUGAAGUACCUCCGCCGCGGGUCGGGUUACUACAUUGACGUCGGGGCGGCCGAGCUUGUUGCCGAUGGCAAGGUCAAGCUCGCGCACGGCAACGUCGAGCGCCUGACUGAAAACUCGGUCAUUCUCAAGGACGGCACUGAGCUCCCAGCCGACCUGGUGGUGUACGCGACCGGGUACGGCUCGAUGAACGGGUGGGCUGCCGACCUCAUCUCCAAGGAGGUCGCCGACAAGGUUGGCAAGGUGUGGGGUCUCGGCUCCAACACCAUCCGUGACCCUGGACCUUGGGAGGGCGAGCAGCGUAACAUGUGGAAGCCUACGCAGCAGGAAAACCUCUGGUUCCACGGCGGAAAUCUUCACCAGUCGCGUCAUUACUCGCUCUACCUCUCGCUCCAACUCAAGGCGCGCUACGAGGGCCUCGACACCCCCGUUUACCGUCUCCAGGAGGUCCACCACACGUCGUAG